AUGUCUAGUGUUUGUAGAGUUGGCAAGGCCCGUUGGUUCCAGGGCGAAGAGGGCGAAGAGGCUGUGGAGAUCCGCAUACCAAUUGUCCUCCCACAGUCUGUGCGGCCGCGUGAUCUCACGGUGGAGGUGAAGGAUCUUGCUGUACUCUGCGUGCGCCACCAUGACACCUCCAUUCUGCAGUGGCGCCUCUACGAGGCUGUGGCAGCCGAGGUGGAGUGGCGGGUGGAAGAGGAGGGUGGGCUGCUUGUCUUAGAUUUGGCGAAGAAGACCCCUACACUGUGGCCGUGUCUGCUGGACAUGCCGAUGAGCCCCACCGACGUGGCCAAACUGUGCGUAUGGGGCGACGAGCUUGACGCUCUCUUUUGCGAGCACCACCCCCCGAUUCCUAUGAACCUCGAGGAGGAGAAGAAGGCAGCAGAAGCACAAAAGGCGGAGGAGCUCAACGAGGAGAACCUGGACAAGCUGCUGGAUGAGGCCGCCGAGGAGGUGACAAGGCAGGCCCCAAAUACAAAUGACAAGGAAUUCAUCCGUGCAGAGUUGGAAAACUACAAAGCUGAGGAGGAGGAAAUUCGAAAGAAGCUGCUUGAGGUGCAGACCACAUUGGAGACUGCCGCUGAAGGUGAGGCAGCAAAGCAAGCACACAGUCAAAAGGAGAUUUUGGAGGAAAUGCUACGCCUGCAUAACAUUAUUCGUGAGAAGCGUGCACAUCCAGCAACGCUAGCAAAUUUCCUUGAGAUCACACAGCUGGAUAUCUGCAAGGCCCGCGUCAACGUGGGGGCGGCGACAGAAGAGGAAAAGGAAGAGUACGCUUCCGACGCUGAACGCGCCAUGACAGCUCACGAGCUCAUGACAACAGGUUUGAUGCACUUUGAACAACAAGAGAUUCAGGCGGCUCUGCACUUUCUUCGUCUGGCGGCUAUUUACCACAAUCACGAGCAGAGCAUCCUCCUUUUGCAUAGUAUUUACACCCAGCUUCAAUCACCGCGAGGACCCUUUUUACUCCUUAAGUCUGCUUUGAACGAUAAGGAUUUCAGUAUUGCAGCUAACCUCAAGCUUGGUGAACAGUUUGAUACCGGAGCCCGGCAUUUCCUUCCCAUGUUUCCAGCCGCUCUGUACUUUUAUCAGCGUGCUGCAAAGGCGGGCAGUGUUCACGCAAUGCUGGCCAUUGCGCAGCUCUACCUUCGUGGCUGCACCUCGUCUACAAUGUUGUCCACAGAACAAAUGGAGAGACUAAAAAGCAAUGAAAAGUACAACGCAUGGAUCGAACAGGCCGCUGAUCGCGGCUGUGGUUCUGCCUACUUUGUGAAGGGCUGCAUGUACCUGAAGGGUGAACACGGGUGUGGUAAGUCGUACAAGAUGGCAAAGGAGUUGCUGGAGAAGGCAACAUCAUCUCAGCCCGACGUCGCUCGCCGAGCCCCACAGGUAUUUGUGAUGCUGGAGAAACUGCGGCAAGAGGAAGAGGGCUGUUCUGAGAAGGGUGUAGUCGCAUCGCCCUUAACGCUAGCAAAGUCAAGGCAUGGAGGUAACUAUACAGAGGGAGUGAAUGACAAGGACAACAACACCGUUCAGGCAAGUGCUUCUCUGGAGCGGCUGAAAAGUCUCAAUGACGGAGCUGGCACCUCAACCUCCGGCAUUCUGCGCUCAAAGAAGAUGGCGGGUCCCUCCGCGAAUUCAAAGUCCUUCUGGGAAGGAGCGGUGACCACCGGUCUGGCACUUUACAGUGUGUACACGGUGGCGUUCCCCCUUCGUGUGAUGCUUCUCCCUACUGUGUACGCAGUGCUGGAGCGAAUGCUCCCGCUCAUCCCGUGGCUGGGGGCCAGCCCACCACCCAUGCAGUUCUAA